AUGAAUGGAUCAAAAUAUUUUUCAAAAAUUGAUAUCAAACAGGCGUACCAUCAACUGGAAUCGAAAGAAGAAAGUCGGUACAUAACUACAUUCUCGACGCAGGAAGGCCUAUUUCGCUACAAACGACUGAACUACGGAACGAACAGUGCGCCAGAACUUUUUCAGAACAAUAAUAAACAAUAUUGCAGAUGACAUCAUUGUUCACGGGAAAACGCGAAAGCAACAUGACGAAUCAUUAGAGAACUGUUUGAAACGACUAGCUCAACUCAACUUAAAAGCGAAACCUGAGAAGUGUAGUUUCCUGCGCAACGAGAUUAAUUUCUACGGUUUAAUUUUUACGGCAAAUGGAACAAGACCAGAUCCAGCAAGAAUUGACAACUUAGUCAGAGUCAGCGCUCCAAAGAAUGCCAGCGAAGUACGUAGUUUUUUGGGUUUGGCGAACACGUGUCGAGAGUAUGUUCCAGAGUACGCCGUAAUUACUACACCAUUGCGGGAUCUCACAAAGAAAAGUGUUGCUUUCACUUGGAACCACACCCACCAAAGAGCCUUUGAGCAGAUUAAAAAGAAAUUGACAUAUGCCCCUACCAUGGCAUACUUUGAUACCGAGAAGAGAAGCUUGCUUAUUGUUGAUGGAUCCCCUCACGGAAUUUUUGCUAUUUUAGCACAACGUGAGAAGUCAGGAGAGUCGUAUCGCAUUAUCUCCUACGCCGGAAGAGCCCUGUCUCCAGUCGAAAUUCACAGACUGACAUCGAAGGGUUGA